UCCUCCUCCUCUCCCUCCCCCCCUCCUCCUCCGCUGCUGCCGCCGCCACUUUCUCGCUCGCUCCCGCUCCCCGGACGCGGCGGAUGAGCCGGCCCCGCUGGGGAAGGGCUCGGGGCGGCGGCGGGCGGCCGGGAGGAGGCUGCGUGCUCGGGGCUGGGGCUGCGAGCGGGGUGAUUUUGUAUUAAAAUGAGGAGGAGGAAGAAGAGGCAGCCACAGCGGCGGCGGCGGCAGCAGCAGCAGCAGCAGCAGCAGCGGCAGGAACAGAGGCGUAGAGGGCUGCAGCCCGGGCGGACGCGCGGAGCCGAGCUGGGCACGGCGGCGGCGGCGACAGCGGCCGGGAUGAGUCAACUAAUAAUUUAAUGGGGGCAGAGACGGCAGCGCGGGGGAGAGCGAGCGAGAGCGAGCGAGGGAGAGAGAGAGAAGCAGCCCCGUCCGGGGACUCGCGCUCACACGCACGCACACACACACAAACACACACACACACACCUCUCCCUGUGCCACCCAGCAACAACCGGCCUCGUCACAACAACAGCAACAGCCGCCCUCUAGCCCAGCCCGGGGACCGAGCAUAAAGCCGGGGCGACUCCAGAGGACGCUUCCCACCCCCUCUUGCAUUUCGGGAAACUCCUCAUCAGUUUUGUUGGGGUUUCCGGGUUUCUUUUCCCCCCAAGUCCUAGUGCCAUUGUGGUGCUCGUUGUUUACCUCGGACUCUGGCUGAGUGAGAGCUUGGCGACUUUUUGGGGGGAGGGGGCGGGGAGUUUGUUGCUGCUGAGGCGGUGGAGGUGGCUGGGGGUGCCUUCUGAUUCCCUCCCCCUCCCCCCAAAUCCUCUUUCUCUUUCCCUACUCACUCGGCUCCCCAGGCGCUCGCAGCCCCGCGUCAAUGGGCUGGGAGAGGGUCCUCGGGGCUGCUAUUAGCGAGGGCCGAAUCAAAAGUGGCAUUUCAGUGCCUUUCCGGGGUUCUUUCCGCGACCUUCUGCCCCCCACCCUCGCUGUCCCCCGGUAGAUGCCCUCGUUGGGGUUGCGAGGCUGUGGGAAGAAAGUUUAAGGUUUGUUAAUAAUUAGUCGCAAUUGUUGGGGAAGGGGUGGGGGCGAUUGGAAGGGAGGCGAGGUGGCCUUCCCCUCUCUGCGUUCUCCGGGGUUAUUGGAGAAUAAUAUUGCAAGUGACAGCCAGAAGUAGACUUUCUGUCCUCACACUGAAGAACCCGAGCGAGCAGGAGGGAGGGAGGGAGCGAGAGGACCCUUUUUUCCCUUUCUGGAGACCUUGUCCGCAGUGAUUUUUUUUUCUUUUUUCUUUUUAAGAGAAUCCUCAGUCACCACCUCGCCUCCCCAGCAUCACCACAGUGUACAGCUCAUAACGGGUUUUGCUUUGUUUUUACGAUUUUCCCCCCAACGAAUCACUUGUCAGAUCAAUUUUAUCUUCUCCCUCCUCCCUACUUCCCACUCUCCCCUCCUCCCCCAUCGAAAACCCGGUUCUCUGAGGUUAGACAUUUUACAAACCAUAUAUGUUGUUUUUCGAAUUGUGAUUUUUUUUUUUUUUUUUUUUUUUUUACCCCCUCUCCCAUGGCUACUCUUCUAGACGUUUAUUUCUGCCCUUCCCCCGCUUAGGGGGGCGGGGGUAGGGGAAGAGAAAAUAAUACAAUUUCAGGGGAAGUCGCCUUCAGGUCUGCUGCCUUUUUUUUUUUUUUUUUUUUUUUUUUUAAUUUUUUUAAAAAAAAGGACAUAGAAAACAUCAGUCUUGAACUUCUCUUCAAGAACCCGGGCUGCAAAGGAAAUCUCCUUUGUUUUUGUUAUUUAUAUGCUGUCAAGUUUUGAAGUGGUGAGUUUCAGGUGAUCUUUAGAGGGUAACUGAGUAUGGAUCAUUUGAACGAGGCAACUCAGGGGAAAGAACAUUCAGAAAUGUCUAACAAUGUGAGCGAUCCGAAGGGUCCACCAGCCAAGAUCGCCCGCCUGGAGCAGAACGGGAGCCCGCUAGGAAGAGGAAGGCUUGGGAGUACAGGUGCAAAAAUGCAGGGAGUGCCUUUAAAACACUCGGGCCAUCUGAUGAAAACGAACCUUAGGAAAGGAACCAUGCUACCAGUUUUCUGCGUGGUGGAACAUUAUGAAAACGCCAUUGAAUACGAUUGCAAGGAGGAGCAUGCGGAAUUUGUGUUGGUGAGAAAGGAUAUGCUUUUCAACCAGCUGAUCGAAAUGGCAUUGCUGUCUCUGGGCUAUUCGCAUAGCUCUGCUGCCCAGGCCAAAGGGCUAAUCCAGGUUGGAAAGUGGAAUCCAGUUCCACUGUCUUAUGUGACAGAUGCCCCUGAUGCUACGGUAGCAGAUAUGCUUCAAGACGUGUAUCAUGUGGUCACAUUGAAAAUUCAGUUACACAGUUGCCCCAAACUAGAAGACUUGCCUCCCGAACAAUGGUCGCACACCACAGUAAGGAAUGCUCUGAAGGACUUACUGAAAGAUAUGAAUCAGAGUUCGUUGGCCAAGGAGUGCCCCCUCUCACAGAGUAUGAUUUCUUCCAUUGUGAACAGCACUUACUAUGCAAAUGUCUCAGCAGCAAAAUGUCAAGAAUUUGGAAGGUGGUACAAACAUUUCAAGAAGACAAAAGAUAUGAUGGUUGAAAUGGAUAGUCUGUCUGAACUAUCCCAGCAAGGUGCCAAUCACGUCAACUUUGGCCAGCAGCCGGUCCCAGGGAACACAGCCGAGCAGCCUCCAUCCCCCGCGCAGCUCUCCCAUGGCAGCCAGCCCUCUGUCCGGACCCCUCUACCGAACCUGCACCCUGGGCUCGUGUCAACGCCCAUCAGUCCUCAAUUGGUCAACCAGCAGCUGGUGAUGGCUCAGCUGCUGAACCAGCAGUAUGCAGUGAAUAGACUUUUAGCCCAGCAGUCCUUAAACCAACAAUACUUGAACCACCCUCCCCCUGUCAGUAGAUCUAUGAAUAAGCCUUUGGAGCAACAGGUUUCAACCAACACAGAGGUGUCUUCCGAAAUCUACCAGUGGGUACGUGAUGAACUGAAACGAGCAGGAAUCUCCCAGGCAGUAUUUGCACGUGUGGCUUUUAACAGAACUCAGGGCUUGCUUUCAGAAAUCCUCCGAAAGGAAGAGGACCCCAAGACUGCAUCCCAGUCUUUGCUGGUAAACCUUCGGGCUAUGCAGAAUUUCUUGCAGUUACCAGAAGCUGAAAGAGAUCGGAUUUACCAGGAUGAAAGGGAAAGGAGCUUGAAUGCUGCCUCGGCUAUGGGUCCUGCCCCCCUGAUAAGCACACCGCCCAGCCGCCCUCCCCAGGUGAAAACAGCUACUAUUGCCACUGAGAGGAAUGGGAAACAAGAGAACAAUACCAUGAACAUUAAUGCUUCCAUUUAUGAUGAGAUUCAGCAGGAAAUGAAGCGCGCCAAAGUGUCCCAAGCACUCUUUGCAAAGGUUGCCGCAACCAAAAGCCAGGGGUGGUUGUGUGAGCUGUUACGCUGGAAAGAAGAUCCUUCUCCAGAAAACAGGACUCUGUGGGAGAACCUCUCCAUGAUCCGAAGGUUCCUCAGUCUUCCUCAGCCAGAACGUGAUGCCAUUUAUGAACAGGAGAGCAAUGCGGUACAUCACCAUGGCGACAGGCCGCCCCACAUUAUCCAUGUUCCAGCGGAGCAGAUUCAGAGCCCCUCUCCCACCACCCUUGGGAAAGGAGAGUCUAGAGGCGUUUUCUUACCGGGCCUGCUGACCCCUGCACCAUGGCUCGGUGCUGCUCCCCAGCAGCAGCCGCCUGCGCAGGCGCAGCAGCAGCCGGCGCCGCCGCCCCCCCAGGCGCAGGCGCAGCAGCCCGCCGGGCCCCGGCUCCCCCCGCGGCAGCCCACCGUGGCCUCUCCCGCCGAGGCCGAGGAUGAGAACCGGCAGAAGACCCGGCCGCGAACGAAAAUUUCCGUGGAAGCCCUGGGCAUCCUCCAGAGUUUCAUCCAAGACGUAGGCCUGUACCCGGACGAAGAGGCCAUCCAGACUCUGUCCGCGCAGCUUGACCUGCCCAAGUACACCAUCAUCAAGUUCUUUCAGAACCAGCGGUAUUAUCUGAAGCACCACGGCAAACUGAAGGACAACUCCGGCUUGGAGGUGGAUGUGGCCGAAUACAAGGAAGAGGAGUUGCUUAAGGAUCUGGAAGAGAGUGUCCAAGACAAAAAUGCUAACACCCUUUUCUCGGUGAAGCUAGAAGAAGAGCUGUCAGUGGAAGGCAACACGGACAUUAACACUGACUUGAAAGACUGAGAUCAAAGUAUUAUUUUCAUUCAUCAGUGCCACUGGUAUUUACAAACGAAAUGAGAAGUCCACCUUGUAUUCUCUCAGAAAACCUUUGCUGUUCAUGGUUUGACCAAUGAAUCUUCAGAAACUUGCACAAACAGGAAAGUGGAGAAAGGAUAAUGCAGACUGCACUAAAUGUUUUACUCUGUUUUACAAACUGCUUGGCAGCCCCAGGUGAAGCAUCGAGGAUUGUUUGGUGUUAAAAAUUAAAAUUUGUGUUCACGGGACACAUCAAGGUGUGUACCCCGUAAGCAUGAUACCGGUGAUUUUUUUUUUUUUUUGAAAAAUUAUUAUUCUGGAGCCUCAAACAAGCAUUAUAACUUCUGUGAUUAUUAUUUCCUUCCUUUAAUUAUUUCUGUAACACUCCACACUGAUCUUUGGAAACUCGCCCCUUAUUUUAAAAAAAGAAAAAAAAGAGUUUGUUACUCUAUUGUAUGUUACAAAAGAACUAUAGACUGUGGAAUGCAGUUUAAAGAUGACAUAUGCCAACAAAUGCCUUGUAUUAUAUGGCACUGCCGUAAUUCAAAUUUGUUUUUAUUUUCGAAAUAAAAGUUCACUGUAAUUUUUUUCAUUCUCAUUGUUACAUGAUUUUUUAAAAAAUGAAAAGAAAAUGUGAAACACAAUUUAGUCCUCAUUAUUUAUUUGUAGAUCCUGCAGCAUCAUGUUGUAAUUAAUUUUUUGGAAGUUUCCGUUAAAUGUAAUAUUGCUUCUCUUGUUACCAUACUGAUUCUUUUCUAUUUAUAAAUGUAUUUUGAUGGGCAGUAAAACAAAGUGUCUUAAAAGUUUUAAAUAGAGAAAAUGUGCUUUACACAGUUGCCUAUAAAAAGUGCUCUAUGUUAUCCAAGCAAUUCAUACUAUAAGCUUCACUCUUAUUGUUGUAUGCAAUUUUUACUAUCAUGCAAAUAAGCUUAGGUAAAUAAAACUAAUAGAUCACCUUAGAAAAUUAUGCAAUUAAUGUGAAAAUAAUUGAUGUUUGCAAUGUGUCUUCCUUUGGUUUACAAUCAAUUUUAAAGCUACAUCUGUAUAAAAUUUCUGUAUAAAGGUGUAUUUCUUUUUUAUGAGUUUAUGGCUAUGAAAACACCAGCUAUUUUGUUACAGCUGGCUGUUUUUAUAAGUGUAUCACAAUUUUCUUUAUGCAGAAAUGUUCUGAUUAGGAGUGGUUAUUGACUGUAACUACACAAUUAAAAUUGUUUGUAUGGUAUGACAUGGUAGGGUUGUCUGCUUAUGUGAAGUAACUUUAAAGGUCAAAGAUGGCCCUCUCAGUUAGGUGCAUGUUAAUAUUUUCUUGAUGAUAUUUUACUGAUUUAAAAAAAAGAUUGAAAAAUCACUCAAAACACUGUAAAUUUAAAUCACAAACACAUGCUCAUUUUUUAAGUUUAACAACGAAGACCAUAACCUGUUUGGGGUUAACAUUUUGCCUAAUAAACAGAGAUAGAAGGAUGGUCAGAAGACUCGCCAAGAAAAACGUAAAUACACUGUCUAGGAGUUAUGUGCUUAGAAUGAAUCCAUCUGCAUUUAUUUCACAAUAUUAUGGUAACACUUUUUUAAGCUAAUGUAUAGAUAUUUUAAAGGCCUUUAUCAGUAACAUAAGUAGGUAAAAAAUGGACCUUCUGUAUAAAAACCUCUUAGUAAGCAAUGUAUUUUUUUAAGUUAUAAAUGGAAUAUAAGUUAAGAACUCUGA